ACGGAAGAAGUAAGUCGUCAUAUUUUUGCUUUAGAUAUUACGACUUUAAAUUAAAAAAAAAGAUAAUUUGUUCAAGGCACAAACAUCAGAAUAAAAAAAAAUCACUAGCUCUUUGGCCUUUGGUGCAUUUCCUUAUUUCUCUUAGCCUGGGUUCCCUUAUCUCCAUUAUGGGCAUAAUGAGACCCAUGUUGCCAGGGUGUGGAUGUGAGAAAUGAGUGAGAGGCGAGGAGUGGAAAAGGCCAUGCUCAGCCAAGGGCAGAGUUGGUUCUCAGUAAGUGGUUUUGAAAUUUCUUUCCCUGAAGCUGCUCUACUCCCAUCCUAUGAAUUCUGCCUGGAUUGUAACCAGCUUGUUCCUGAGCUCCAAGUAGCCUUGGAGUCUAGCAUAGAGACCUGAACAAAAGCGUUUUCUGGGCGCUCAAAAAGCUGCAUUUGACUGAGAGUCAGUAAGAAACUCAACAGCAGGCCUGGGGCAGGCCGCCACCUCCCCUGGGCCACCAGCUCCUCGUGCAGGGGGUGCAGGGGGAGGGCAGACAGUUGCCCAGGUGGCUUCCAGCUCUGGCAUUCUGGGAGUCUAAUUUAUGGUUGAGUGAGUUGUCAUUCACGGACCAGGAAGGGCCAAAUUACCCUCAUUAUUCUGCUCGCAGCUCUCGUGCCUGAGAAGCCACUGGGUCCUGCCACAUCUAGAAUUAUCUCUGAACCCUUGGGCUUUUAAUUAAAGGGCUUUGUGAGUCAGAUGGUUUAUGGUCAGAUUCAGAUCUUCAGGGAGACAUGGAGGGAGGUCCUCUGUCCUGUCAUCUACUCCUUGAGAAAUCCGCCGUUUCUCCCAGUGCAGGGACAGCAAGUUGGGAGUCUCGAGGGGGACUUCCAAGAGAGGCUGUGGCUAAUCCUUACCCCACAGCCCCGCUGACUCCAGGCCCCAGAGGCCUUUGGACCGUUGACACCACACAUCAUCGUUUUUUUCCCUGUGAGUGUCUGAGCUGUGCCCGCCUGCUCUGAUUCGCUUUUGGCUCCCCACGGUUGCCGCGACGCCUGGAUUAUUUCUUACCCAACACGGUUUCCGCUUCGGGCGGCUUGUGCUAAAUGCAUUUUCAGUCCCAUGUGGUACAAGGGAUAAAAGGAUUGUCUUAAAAAAGUGGUUUCUGAAUGUGUCGAAAGCAAGGCUGCCUGCUGUGUGUUUUUAACAAUGGCUUCCCCAGAGGAGGGUUGAAAACCUCACCUUUCAAGAUGUUUCAACUCCUAUUAGAAAGUGACUUAAAUAAAGUUGCUCUUCUGACCACUGCUGCUCUGAUCGCCAGACUGGUGAUGAUUUGUCUAACCUGAGUCUCCAGGGCUGGCACUCGACACCAUUUCCCUCCCAGAGGAGAUGAAAUUGUGCUGGUCACUUUCUUCCUUCUGGUGUCCACCUUGGGAGGGGUGUGUUUCUGAGAGCACUGGAGGGUGGGCUUUCUCGAGAGAGCACCCCAUGGUUUCAGACCCAUUUCUUCCUCCUACAAGCCAUUAAUGGGCACGUACUUUGUGUCCAGCAGUGUGUCCUCUUCCUGUCUUCUCUCCCUGUCGCCUACAUCUCAAUGCUCUGCACCCAUCUGCCGUCUAGGGUUCCUGUGAACUGACCCAAGUCCCCUUAAUUUUUCUCCUGGAUGCUGUUGUGUUUAUGGAACUUGAAUGGGCCACUGUGUUGGCAUAUCUUUAGUUUGGGUUUUUCAACCUGGGCGCCCCUGACAGUUUGGGCAAAGGAAGUCUUUCGUGUGGGAGGCUCUCAGGUUCUCUGGAGCAUCCCUGGCCUCUACCCUGGAUGCCAGUGGCACCCCACACACUCCAGCUGUGACAGCCACAAAUGUCUACCGACAUUGCCAAAUACGUCCUCAGACUUUUGCAUUUACCGAAACACCCUUAUGUCUGUUGUCUUAGUUGAUAUAGUUACGCAUAAGGAUUUUUGCUCCCCCUUUAUGACUAAAGGAAUUGAGGGUCAGGAACGGAAGAAACUUGCCUAUCCAACAGUAGGUCAGGGAAAGAGCUGAAGUUAACAAUUUAAAUCUCCCGUCUUCCCAACCCAGUGUCUUUCUUACGGAUGCAUUUAAUGGUGUGCCUGCAAGUGUUUAGUAACUGGUUCUCUGGGAAAAACAAAAACAGAACAAACCUGAUUAGGAGAGGUUGCCAAUUUCAUGGCGCAAGUACUCCCACCGUGGCUGGUUCCUUCUCAAAAGACAUCAUUGAACGUGAAGUUGGGAAGAGACACGUGUGAUUGGUUCUGGUCAGCAGGUGCUGGCUGGCUCCACACCACUGGGCCCACGUGUACUUCUGUUUAGGUAGCCUCGCUCUCUUCUGGACCUUGUUCUUCCACCCCUCCUCCUCUUCCCCCAUAAACAGAUAUACUGGAGGGUGCCACGGGGAGGCAUUCAUCUGGUGAGGGCAUUGAUCGCCUCUUUGGAUAAGUACACGGCAGUUAGAGUGGAAUUUUCUCCCCCUUCUGUUAAAUCAGCAUUUUGUUUCCCAGUCGUUCCACCUGAGGAGUUGCAGGAGUAGGACGCUCUGAUCUGAGAGCAGAGACCUUACAGAGGUCGGCAAUAGGGUCUUCUGGACACAGUCUGCUCCUGAGCAGGAACUAAGUGCUGUGGGUCAACAUCAGACAUAGUGAGUGAUCACAAGGUGGUGACGGCUACAGGGCUAUUGGAGAUACCAUUCUGGAGAGUAAGGAGUAGGAUCUUGGCUAGCGUUUUAAUCCAGGUGUGAACUUUGACGUCCGUAAGGCUCAGUUUCCACACCUGUGAAAGGAGAGCCAGCUUAUGUCUGAGCUUCAGGCGUGUACUCACCCACUUGGUUACUUGAAGGAUUGGCUGGUCGUCAUAAUUAGUACAAGCUCCUCAGGCCUAAGGACUCAGCUGGUCUUGGCUUUUUCAUCUUGGCCAUGGUUCAGUGCCAAAUGCUUUUCUCUGGUCCAGCCUUAGACCUGAACUUGAGCUGGGACUGUGGGAAGAACCCUUAGCUGGUUAUCAGAAGACCUGGGUUCUUGUCCCAACUUUGGUACCGCCCAGUUACAUAACCCUGGGAAGUACUUCAUGGUGACAGGAAUGUGCGUAUCCCCAUGGGAGGGGUGAGAGCAUGAUGUGGCAUUUGGAUUUUAUCCUGAAGGCGGUGGAAAGCGCUUGAAGAGAAGACACAUCAUCAAGUGUGUGCUUUAGAACGUUCUUUCUGCAGAGCACAGGGCCAGAGUCCAGGCAGGAUGAAACCAGUUAGGGAGUGGUUCAGCAGCCCAGUCAAAAAGUGAUGAGGCGUCCCAUGCGCACUAGCUGAGUGGCACAGACAGAAAAUGCUGUGAGAGUUCGGAGAUGGGAGAGGUCAGAAGAGUGUCCGAGAAGACUUCACGGAGGAGGCGAGGCCGCUGCUGACUUGGAAGGAUGGAGGCGUAUGGAGGUGUCCUUUUGUGGCACAUCUGGCCUCUCAGCCACAGCCAAGAGCAGAUUAUCACUCACGUAAGGACAGAGAAGCCACGGGACUCCAGCGGGCACGGCCCUGACUUGGGAGCCAGACUUGCUGCGGCCAUCUUGUUCCGUGGGUUUGUCCCAUCAGCCUGGAUCGGUGAGCCUGAAUCACAAGACACAGUGCUGGCAAACACGUAUUCCCUGAGUGGCCUGCUGUGGAUUCAAGCAUAAAGUCCUAGCUCCUGUCCUGGAGGUGCUCACCUUCUAGGAAGAGAGGCAGACAGGUUUGCUGGGAUGGGAAACCUGCUCAAAGUCCUUACCAGAGAAAUUGAAAACUAUCCACAUUUUUUCCUGGAUUUUGAAAAUGCCCAGCCCACAGAAGGAGAGAGGGAAAUAUGGAACCAGAUCAGCGCCGUCCUCCAGGAUUCUGAGAGCAUCCUCGCAGACCUGCAAGCUUACAAGGGCGCGGGGCCAGAGAUCCGAGAUGCGAUUCAAAAUCCCAACGACAUCCAGCUUCAAGAAAAAGCUUGGAAUGCAGUGUGUCCUCUGGUUGUGAGGCUAAAGAGAUUUUAUGAAUUUUCCAUAAGGCUAGAAAAAGCUCUUCAGAGUUUAUUAGAAUCUCUGACCUGUCCGCCCUACACACCGACCCAACACCUGGAGAGGGAGCAGGCCCUGGCGAAGGAGUUUGCGGAAAUUCUUCAUUUUACCCUUCGAUUUGAUGAGCUCAAGAUGAGGAACCCGGCCAUUCAGAAUGACUUCAGCUACUACAGAAGGACGAUAAGUCGCAACCGCAUCAACAACAUGCAUCUAGACAUUGAGAAUGAAGUCAAUAAUGAGAUGGCCAAUCGAAUGUCCCUCUUCUAUGCAGAAGCCACGCCAAUGCUGAAAACCCUCAGCAAUGCCACCAUGCACUUUGUCUCCGAAAACAAAACCCUGCCAAUAGAGAACACCACAGACUGCCUCAGUACGAUGACAAGUGUUUGUAAAGUCAUGCUGGAAACACCGGAGUACAGGAGUAGGUUUACAAGCGAAGAAACGCUGAUGUUCUGCAUGAGGGUGAUGGUGGGAGUAAUCAUCCUCUAUGACCACGUCCAUCCCGUGGGAGCUUUCUGCAAGACAUCCAAGAUCGAUAUGAAAGGCUGCAUAAAGGUUUUGAAGGAACAGGCCCCGGACAGUGUGGAGGGGCUGCUGAAUGCCCUCAGGUUCACUACAAAGCACUUGAAUGAUGAAUCGACUUCCAAACAGAUUCGAGCAAUGCUUCAGUAGAGCUCUGCUCAAAGAAGAGGAUCUAUGUACUGACCUCAGAAGAUGUAUAUGUUUACAUAAUUUAAUACAGAUUGAUGUUAAUACUUGUGUAUUUACAUAACCGUUUCCUCCUUGUCACUGAAAUACACGGACCUUAAUUUGUAUCCUGACUGACUCGACCCAGCAGAGCAUAAAUUGACUUGAGAGCCUUACCUUUGAUGUCUAAAACAAAACCCCCUUCUCCAAAGUCAAAAUUUGGAGAUUUCGAUCUUUACUCCUGGAGUCCUUUAACUACACCUGUAACAAUCUGAAAUUCCUAAUAGUUUGUGGUAGUGUUUUAAAUCUAGAUGUGUAAUCUCUCUGGGAAGUAUACUUGUAGAAACAUGAAGUAUUUGAUUUCCUGUGUCAGCUUGGCUACAAGAAACACAACUGUUAUCCUGACAGAGGGAGAGAGGAAUCCAAGAAAAGAAAAAUGCAUGUGAAGACACAGAUUCAAGUGUUUCGAAUUCAGCACGCCCCCUCUCUCUCCUCAGACUGCAGACCACAUGUGCAGCUUUUUUGUUUGCACGUAUUUAUUCUGGAUUUAUAUUCCUCUAACGUUCCCUUUUGAUUCUUCAAGAGGAAAAUCACCUGUGCUUGAAUCAGUUUGUGAGAGAGAAGUGAGAAUAGACAGAUGUGCUGUCAUAGCUGAGCUGUGAAAGAGGUUGUCUGGGAAGUGGGGGACGGGUUGGGAGCAAGGACACACAGGCAACAGGACAGUCAUCUCUCUGCUUCAACCCUUUGGCUGUGAAACUGUAGUAUUUUGAUGACAUUCCAGUUGUCUGUGGGGUGCUGGGUACACAGUCCCUCCUAAAAUGAGCCCUGUCCUCUGGGGACCAUCCAUACGGCAACAGAGGCCUAGGGUACUUCAUUGAUUACCAGGAAACUGGGGAAUUCAGAGAGGGGAAUCCCUGCAUUUUCCAGUUCCCUAAUAUUUAAAAGGCAGCUCCUCCCUGACCACACUGCUGGCUGGUUGGAAUCUUUAAACCUUUGGUCUGAGUACCUGGGUUGAGUCCUAGCCUUACUGAUCCAUGGUGUGAGCUUUGAAAAUACACUUAAGCUCUGUGUCUCACUUUCCUCAUCUAUGAAAUGGGCAAUUAAAACAAUCUCCAAGAGCCCUACAAGGCAAUGAGCCAAUAAAAUGGUUGACUCUUACAUGCUUCCUUAGUAAACAGAGGCCAGGAAGCAUCACCCCAUCUUGUCUUGAUGAUUGAAUACAUUUGAAUAUAUGGCAAGGCCUAGAGUCAUCCUUUCUGCAGAUCAGAGCUUGGAAUGGAAUCUUAGAAAUCUCCCGUCUCAACCUCCGGUACAGAAAUGAGACAAGGCUGAAGUCAAAGAGGAUCAACUCCAUGUAGGACUAGAGCCCAGGAUACCUCACUCCUGAAUCUUCCCCUGUUCACCAUGUGGCCUAUGCAUACAUACUAUAAGAUGAGACUGGACACUUUUAAAUCAGCCUUAAGUCUGGUUUAUAUUAUUAUUUGCCUAUUUCUGAUAGAAGGAAAGAGUUGCCCAGUGAUUGAUAAUCCCAGAAAUUGGGCCUGGGUACAUCAGUGUUUCAUUCACCAUGUUCCAAGGAAUAACUUGUAGACACAAUUGAUUUCCAGACUUUAGUGUCCAGAUGGCAUUCUCUUGAGUCUUCCAAAAAAAAAAAAAAAAAAAGGGAAACAUACUUUUUUUAAAUUUUAUUUUAUUUUUAACAAUAACAACAAACCCAGUCAAGUGGCAGAAAAGAUUCUCUGGUUUAUAUCUACAUGUCAGUCAACAGAGAGAGAAAAGACCUUUUUCCUUGGAGUUUUUCAAGCUGAACAAGUACAGCUGCCUAGAUGGGGGGGGGUUCUCUCAUCAGAACAGAAAUGCACUUAGAUGGCCUUCACGACCUUUUCAAGCCUAGGGAUUUUAAUACCUUAGAGGAAGCCAGAAAAUGGGGUAACAAUGGAUGAACAAAUUCAUUGAUUAUUCAGCUUAAGAAAUCUUCUAUUUGGCAGCCACGUGUUAUCUUUGGGCAACAACUGUCAAGAAUUAUAGAGGCGCUCAAUGUUUAUCAUCAUGGAGUCCAUUUUUUUUUUCCUUUAUCGGGUGAGGAGCUUAAGUCUUGGAGAGAGGAAAGGACUUGCAGAGUAAAUAGUUGAGCAUAUUUAUAAUUUUUAAUUAGACUUUUUAUCAAGUGGGACCAAACAUACGGGAGGGGCUGCUGGCCUGCCCCAGUUUAGCCAGGCUGCCUUGUUUCAAAGCUAAGAUUCACCCGUACAUGGAUUCUCAAAAGUCCAGGGCCUGAACUAUUGCCUGUGAUUAUCAGGAGGACAAGUUAAUUGAAUGUCUGUGAUCACUACGAGGUGAUGGAUCUCUGGUCCACUCCAGAGCUACUGUGGGAGACAAAUUCUUUUAACAGACUGUCCUCCAGGCAUUAGGAGUCCUUAAACAAUCAUGAUUUUUUUGUGUGUGCUGCAUGCACAUGUGUUCAAGAUCCAUGGGGUGGUUUAGGGGAAAGUGCUAGCCACAGUAUCCAUGUCAAUGUUAAUUCUAUUUCAUAUUUGCUGUUUCAUAGUUUUCAAGUAAACAGUGUUUGCCAUUACUCAGAUAUUUAUUUUUGGGCAGGCAACAGGUGAAAAUUACAUUUCUCAGAUGCACUACUGCUUUGGCAUCAUAACUAUGUUCGCAGAAAUUUUUCAUCCAUCACUAACAACAACUAAUAGAAAGCAAGUGGCAGUGAGUGUUUUGAAUUGUGGUAGCCCAUUAGGGCUGCAGUAUUGAUUAACAACCAGAAAGAAAGUCUUGGAUACUAUCUUUUAACUGUUAGUUAAUAUCAUGCUUCAUCAUUUGCUUCUACUCAUCAUCAUUAUAUCAAGACAUUAAUGGUAAACUGAGGUUUUUGUACAUCAUCACAUUUAGGUUAAAAAAAAAUCAUGCUUCCUCAAAAGAAAAAAGAAGCCUACCCAAUCUUGGAAUCCAACUGUGCAGCAGAAUUCAGAGAAUUCUUAUUCAAUCUUGUACCCAAACAGCAACAAACUUUUUUAAAAAAUAUUAACAAUAAAGAGUGGAAUUUUAUCCUAAAGAGACAAAAAUUUUGGAACCCCAUUUCCCCAUUACAUCUAUCAAGGCUGUUGCAUACACAAAGCUGUUUUAAAAUUGUCAUAUGUUGUUUGCUAAAGUCAUUGUGAUUUUUUUUUUGCCUGCUUUGCCUCUUUUUGUACAGAAGUUUUGAGUGUGAAAUGAAAAUUAAAGUUUGGUACAUAUAUUUAAAAA